AUGGCACGCAGUCUCUUCACCUGUUUUGGCAAAGGCUCUAGGCACCAAAAGCGCGAAAAUUCAUAUGAAAAUGCAACCGUGGACAUGGCGGUAGAGGAGCAACAGAGAGGCGGGCCGGUGGUGGUGGAGCUCUUCUCAUCACAGGGUUGCGCCACCUCUCCAGAGGCGGAGCUGCUCUUCUCAAGGCUAGGGAGGGGUGAUUUCGACCUCGAGGUGCCGGUGAUAUUGUUAGCCUACCAUGUUGAUUAUUGGGAUUAUAUGGGCUGGAAGGACCCUUUUGGGUCCAGCCAAUGGACUGUGAGGCAGAAGGCCUAUGUUGAGGCCCUGAACCUUGAUACAAUGUUCACGCCCCAAAUUGUAGUCCAGGGCCGAGCCCAAUGUGUUGGUGAUGAUCAGGAAGCUUUGUUAUCCUGCAUCGCGUCUGCACCGCGAAUCCCUGCUCCAUCAUUCCAGGCAACAUUCCAAAGGACUAUGCCAGAGUCCUUGCAAGUGUCUCUCAAAGGAGCUUUAAGGGCUAAGGGAGAUCACCAAGGUGCCAAUGUCAUGGUUGCUCUAUAUGAAAGCGGUUUAGUGACAAAUUGUCCAAAGGGAGUGAACAAAGACCGCGUCCUAGCCAAUGACUUUGUUGUAAGGGGGCUUCAAAAACUCUGCGCAGUUAAAGAUAUCUCUACUAGAAAAAUGAUUUCAGUUAAUUUUUCUCUGUGGGAAGGUUUCAAUAGCAGUAAAUGUGGCGUCGCUGUCUUUGUAGAAACGGUUUCUCAUCAAAUUUUGGGUUCGCAGAAUUUUCAAUUGUCGGAUAUUGUGUGA